GAAUACGCAAGUACAUGUAUAAUUUGCAUUUUAUAUCAUAUACUUACUCGAUCGAUCAGGCUGCAGCUGAUCAUAUAUAAGAUAUUGACUUUAAUUUUAAUUAUGAAUUAAGAAUAGAGAGAGAGAGCUGGUCGAGUAUACAUUAUCUAGCUUUGAUAUACAUAUAUAGAUAGAUCUUAAUAAGAGCAUCAUAUAGUAGUACAUAUAUCAUACGGAGUAUCAUAUAAACAAAUAUAUAUGGAUCGUAUAUGUUUAUCCCCAUUCUUCUCAUUCUCAAUUCUGCUUCUUCUUGACAUGCUGCUCUUCGCUGCCAUUCCGCUCUCAUCUUCUACACCUUUUAUCGUUCUCCAUGGUAUUUCAAUGCAAUGCAACGAUGCAGGGAGCAUUUAUUACACCAUGACGCUUACCACAUUGACCAAAGUUAAAGGAUCAUGCGUGGAAGUUGGAAACGGGCUAAUGGACUCGUGGAUGAUGCCAAUGAACAAUCAAGUUGAAAAUGCUUGUGGCAAGCUCAAGGCGAUGCCAGAACUCAAAGAUGGCUACAAUAUGGUCGCUCUCUCCCAGGGUAAUAUGGUUGGAAGAGGAGUAAUUGAGUUAUGUGACGGCCCGCCUGUGAAGAAUUUUAUAUCAGUCGGAGGACCAAAUGCAGGACAUUCUUCAACGAUAGCUUGUGGACCUUUUCCCUGGUGUGCUCAAAUCGGGAUAUUCUAUGGAAUGGGAGUUUACACCCCCUACGUUCAAGAACACUUGGCUCCUAGUGGCUAUAUCAAGCUUCCAAAUGAUAUCCCUGCAUACUUGAGAGAGUGCAAAUUUCUUCCCAAGAUAAACAAUGAAGUCGAAGACAGUGAGAGUGCACUCCGCAAAAAACGAUUCAGCAGUAUUAGCCAACUCGUUCUCGUCUUGUUUAUGGGUGACACAAUUAUCUUGCCACAAGAAAGUUCUUGGUUCGGGUAUUACCCUAAUGGAGAUUUCGCUAAAGUGGUGCCUAUGCAACAGACUGAUGUAUACCUAAAGGAUUUAUUUGGGCUGCAAACACUGGAUAAAGCUGGAAAGAUAAAGUUCUUCAAGGUGCCAGGACAACACCUCGUAAUAACUGUUCCUGAAAUACAGCAGUUCAUUCUUCCAUACAUGACUUAGCUUAAUUGGUGUCGCAUGCAUCACCCAAUGUCUAAAUACGGUUAUCUCUAAUUAGCUUCAAUAAUAGUGGUCUUACCAAUGUAUCAUGUACCAUGUACGUAAAAGUGUCACAGCGAUUAUAAGUGAUGAAAUGUCACUUUACCAUGCAUGAUUAAAUUAAAUGUUACUGGAAAUUAAAGUUUAUCAAUGUUCAUAUCAUAAAGUGCUUGAAUUGAAUUGUAAGAUUAUAUUUAAAGAUCGAC